UAUAAGAGGCAGCUUUCCCACGUGGAGCAUAAGCUUACUGCUUAAGUCUUCACUAGAAACGAAACUUAAGAGAACAAGAAUUAAGAAAACAAGAACCAUGAAGUGCUUGUGCUUCCUCCUGUUGAUGACAACAGUCUUCGUUGCAUCGGAAAAUCCUGAUGAAAAUUUGGGUGUCGACGAGAACGAUUUAUUCGAGGGGGAUAUGAUCCUUCCUGCGGAUGUCCUCUAUAGAGCCGAGCACGGAAUGGAUGUUGACAGCUCCCGCAAAAGAGGUUCGGUCAGAAGCAGACUAUGGCCGUCAGGAGAAGUCCCAUACGUAAUCGAUAAUAGCCUUGCUAGAGGGCAGGCCAGGGCUGCCAUAAAUGCAGGUAUGAAUGAAUGGACAAAAAAGACAUGCAUCCGUUUUAAGAAGCGAACAAAUGAAAGAGCUUACGUCAACUUUGCUAGCGGCAGCGCAGGGUGCUGGUCAUAUGUGGGUAGAACUGGAAACAGUCAAGUUAUCAACCUUGGAUCAGCCGGAUGCUGGACUCAAGGAAUUGUUGCCCAUGAAAUCGGCCAUGCCAUUGGAUUCUUUCAUGAACAGUCUCGUCCUGAUAGAGACCAGUUUGUCAUUGUUCAGCUGCAAAAUGUAAUACCAGGCAGAGAGAGUAAUUUCAAUAAGUACCCAAGGUCAAGGAUUGAUUCUCUCGGCACCCCUUACGAUUAUGAAAGCGUGAUGCACUACAGUGGCACAGCGUUCAGUAGGAACGGACGUCGAACCAUAGUAACCAAAGACAGUAGGUUUAACAAUGUCAUUGGCCAGAGGAACGGUUUAAGUUCAAUUGAUGCUCGGCAAGCGAACCUUUUGUACCGAAGUGAAUGUGCAAAGAGAGCGGCGGUUUGUCAAGACAGAUGGACGUCUUGCCAGCGGUGGCCAGAACGCUUCUGCAGGUAUAACGCGGUCAAGAGAAACUGCAGGAUACGAUGUAACCAAUGCAAUUAGCCAAGAAUGAGAUUACCACUAUGAUGCAUUUAGUCUUUAACUAAAGAAAAUUAGUAAUGGUAGUAUCUCGCCUCAGCAAUCAUACAAUUAAGAAUCAUUUCUACUAAGUUUGUGUUGUUUUUCUCCCUCGUGGAAGUUACAAUCCACACAUCGCCACAAAUUAUUGAAAACGCACCUUAAAUUUUACUUCGCGCUUUUUUAACUCAAAAGCAAGUUCAAUUUCCUCUCCCCCUUUUGAAAUUGUCAUUUUCGAGUCGAAUUCAGCAUGCAAAGUUAUCUUUUCGUGAAAAUUUUUACAGACCCUGUCGGGUAGAUUAACUGUUCACACCACUGUUAGGAGGUGUAAUUUUCUUAGCUUGCGUUUUGGGGGGGAUUAUUGGCUUAACCUAAAUAACUAUAUUAACAAAACGUAUUUUUUUG